AAAAUCAAUGUCCUAGAUAUCGUUUCGAAAUUAAAAUAUCCGAAGAAACCUAAUCGUGAACAUGGACAUCAAAUUGAAAAUUUUAUUUAUCCAUACAUUUUCUAUUUUAGACGAUGGCUUCAUUAGCGGCAACUUACGCCAGUUCUAUGCAUGCGCAGCGUUCUCCGUGUUGCCAAACCGGAUAUCCGGUAAUGGCGGACCCUCUGACCGGGCGGACUGUUUGCUCUUGCCAGCUUCAUACUGGCGUCCCUAGCUACCUUGCCCGGUACCUCGACUACCGGAAACACAUUUCAUCAACAGCGACGUUUCUCAGUACAAAAUGAUGGCAGCGGACCGUCAUACCCGGAUGUACAGAGCCCCUCUCCAGGGAGGACACAUACCGCAUCCCUAUGACGCAGCCCUGAUGACGUCACAUCCAUACGCCGCAAUGUACCCGGGUUUCGACAUCAAUGGAAUCCGCAGAAAGAAUGCUACUCGGGAGUCCACGAGCGCUCUCAAGGCGUGGCUCUUUGAGCACCGGAAGAACCCUUACCCAACCAAGCAGAAAGUCAUGCUGGCGAUCGUCUGCCAGAUGACAUUGACCCAGGUUAGCACGUGGUUCGCGAACGCCAGAAGGAGGCUUAAGAAGGAGCGGAAGGCGGGCGAUAGCGAUAUUGAUUUGGACGAUAUUGACGUUGAUGAUAAGAAAUCCGUUGCUGAUGACACGUAUGAUUCCGAUUCCAUGACGAACAAUACCGACAACUCCCGAUCAUUAACGGACGCUUCCGAUGUAUCUGAUGUCGAAGAAACAGACGAUAGUUCUAAGAAAUCCCCGCUAACAAAUGCGUGCAGAGGCUGUUUUCCACCGGAUAGCCGCAAUGAACUGUUUCUCGAGAGGCUUUCAUCCCCGGCCGAUUUAAAGAACUCUUCCACAAUGUCAUCAACUGCUGUUUCAACACUGACAUUUGCCAGUAGUCUCGUCCCCCUCUUGUUUUCAAGCAUACCUUCAAGCGAUUCUACAGCCACAAUAUCUACAUCUGCUGUGUCGCCAACUAUUAGUUCUUUGGUUGGCAAAACUGUGAAAGAAAGUGGCAGUGGAAGUAAAUCGAAGAUCUGGUCUAUUGAAAGCAUUAUUAGUGGAUGA